CAAUGUGCGGGAGAGCCUGCUCAAGUGCCGUCUUGCAUUGCCCUCAUUAGAUCGAGACCACCGAUGGAAAGGAAGUCCCCCGAUGGCACAGGCCCUGUGCACGUGCCUUUUGGGCACGUUGUGGCCAAUGAGAAAUGGCGCGGGUCGCAGCUGGCACAGGGGAUGCAAGGGAAAAUUAACCUCGUUUUUGAGGAAGACCUGACACCAGUAGAUUUUUACCUGUCUAACAGAUCCUGCAUUCUUUAUAUCACCGAAGCUGAUUUGGUGGCAGGAAAUGGCUACAGAAAGAGGCUUGUUCGGGUUAGAAAUUCCAGUCAUCUUCAAGGGAUUGUAGUAGUUGAAAAAACACAGAUGACUGAACAAUACUUCUCAGCCAUUCAGAAGUUUACUGUACUGGACCUUGGGAUGGUGUUGCUUCCUGUGGCCAGCCAGAUGGAAGCGUCCUGCCUCAUUGUCCAGUUAGUUCAAGAGCAAACCAAAGAGGUCAGUAAGAACCCUCUCCUCAGGAAGAAAAGGGCUCUGUUCUCUGAGCCAUCCCUCCUUCGAACUGUGCAGCAGAUUCCAGGAGUUGGAAAAGUUAAAGCUCCCCUUCUGCUUCAGAAGUUUCCGAGUAUUUACCAACUGAGUAAUGCUUCCAUCCAAGAACUUGAGCCAAUUGUGGGACAAACAGUAGCACAGCAAAUCCAUGCCUUCUUCACACAGUCCAGGUGACAGCUGGACUCACAUCUACUACGUUUUCUCCUUUAGACCACAAACGACAGGAUUUUGUUUUCAUACUUAAGAACCAAGAAGAAAGAUGUGCUCUCUCAAUAACUAGUGAAAGAUGAGGGGAGGCCUGAAUGGAGCCUGCAAGUUGUCGUGCCUUGCUGUCUG